AUGCAACAAAUAGCACACCCUAUCAUUCGUCGUCAUGUCGCGAAAAACUCUUUCUUUUCAAUGUUACUACACAAAUACGCGGCCAAUCUUGAGAUGCCUGGGCACAUACAUACUCUAAACCUGUCAUCCCGAAAGAAUUCAUUCCUUGUACACUCAACGAGUUCAUCUUGUUGCUUUCACACCACUCGUCAUGUUCGCGACGAUUCAUCCAAGUCCUCCUCCAAUUCUUCUUCUUCUCAAUUAUUCGAUCAGUCACCACACAUCAAGAAACAAAUUAGAAAAAUUUACAAAUUCACUCAUCCUGAUUUAUUCAUUAAUGAACACUUUAAAAAAGUCAAUUCUCAAUCUCUCUCGACUUUUCAAAAUUUUAUUGAUGAAUAUAAAGGAUAUUUAAAGAAUGAUAGUUCUUCUUCGAAUAAUCAAUACCAAAACAACCCUCACAAUAGAUUUCAACACUACAACAAGUAUGAAUUACAAUUUUAUGUAAAACAAUCUGAACAAGUGAAAAAAAUUACUCUCUUUGGAUUACCUCAAAAUAUUCAAUUAUCUACCACUCAACAACAUGAAUGUUUUGUAAAGAAUGUUGAAUAUUUAUUUUCUCAAUUAUUUAACUCUAAGAAUUCUACAGAAGCAUCAUCAUCAUUGAAUCCAUCAACACCACCAUCCAACAAUUCUACACCAUCCAAUAAUCUGUCAUCGAGGACAGAACAUGAUCCAAACUCAUCAUCACUACACUCUUCUCUUGAAGAAUAUUAUCAAACUAAUUUUAAAAGUCAUCGAACGAACCUGAAAGAUUCUUUUUGGUUUGAAGAAAAAUAUGGACAACAACAAGAACAACACACAUCCAAUCUCAAUCCACACCAUGUGAUUCAUAUUGUCAAUGAAUUUAACAAAACAUCAAAUUUAGAUUUUGAAAUUUUAUAUAUUCGUAGAUUUGAAAUUCUAUCUCAUUUAAUUAGAAACAAAUUAUGUGAAUGUUUGAAUGCCAAAUCCAUUCGAUUUUAUAAUUAUUAUAAUUCUAUCGAUUUAUUUGAAAAACAAUAUGAAACUAUUAUGAAAUUUACAAAUUUAUUACAUGAUCAAUAUGGAAUUGAUACUUCUCAAUGGGGUAAAAAAGAAAUGAAACAUGAAAUUAUUGCAAAUUUAAAAAGACAUGAAGAUCCUUAUCAUUGGUCAAAGAACAGUGAGAGUAUGACAUGGAAUUCUCAUAACACCUUGGAUGAUGAAUCGUUUCAUGACAUGUUAUCUAAUAGGAUGAAUCAUACUACUACUAUAAAUACUAGUACUACUGGCUCUCAACGUCCUACGACGAAUACAAAUACUACUACUACAAAUAACACAAAUACUUGUAGUAGUAGUAGUACUACAAAUAAUACUACUAAUACGAGUAUAACAUCCCACAUGUAUCCCUAUGAAAUUUCACUUAUUAGAAGAAAAUUAAAUCAACACAUUCAAAUUAAAUUUGGAAGUGGACAUACUGGUAUUAACAAGUUGGGAUGGAUUAAUUUAAAUCCACAUGAUUCUGCUCAACAUUGGAUGAAUUAUUUACUAUAUGAAUUGAAUGAUCAAGAUAUUCAAAGAGUGUUAAAUUAUGAACACUAUACAGAUAUGGUAUUGAGAAUGGAAAAGAGAGUGAGUCAACAACAACAACCAUGGUAUCCAAAUGAUCAUGAUCAUGAACAACAACACCACCACCAUCACACCCAUUCUUCUUCACAUCACCAAACCAAUUCUUCAUAUAAGAAUCAUUCAUUCUCUUCUUCAUAUAAGAACCAUUCAUUCUCUCAUUCAUCCUCUCCUCAAUAUAUUAAAUAUUAUUAUCAUCCAUUGAAUCGUCAUGAAUCUCAUCUCGCAAUGAAAUACAUUCAAAUUCAACAAAUUACAUGUCUCAAUGAUGAAUUAAUACAUGAUGAAAGAUAUUUAACAUUAUUAAGUGAAUUGAUUCGAAUUGGAAAGAGUGAAGAUGUGAACAAUCAUUCAUCAUCUUCACAUCAACACUCUCAUUUAUUUAAUAUCAUUGUCUAUAAGAGUGAAGGUGAUGAAUCAUUGGAUGAAAUUCAAAUCGAUGAUCAAUGGAAUUAUAUUUAUUUACCAUUAAGUUAUGUGAACAAGUAUCAAAUUGUGGAUGUAGCUAAUCCUUCUACAUCUAAUACUUUAAAUAAUACUUUUAAUCCUUCAAAUAAUAAUACUUCUACUGCUUCUACUACUCCUUCUACAUCUAAUACUUCAAAUAAUAAUACUACUACUACUCACACCCAUCUAUUGUUGGGUAUUCAUCUCUUAUUGAAUCAAAUCAUUCUCAAAAGUCAUGAUCAUCAAAAUACCAACAAUGAACAACAAUUACAACAUGAUAUUCAACAAAUGCUCAAUGAAACCAGACAUUAUUUGAAUUUAAGAAAUUUAACAUGUAUUCAUUCACUCUCUCUCAAUGAUAUUUAUAUUGCAUGUAUGAAAUUAGUGAAAUUUAGAGAUGUCUUGUAUCCUUAUUUGAAACAUCGAAAUGUAUUAAUUGUGAAUAGUAAUGAUCCAUGUAUGGUUCGAGUAAGAAAUGGAGAAUUGAAUAUUGAAAUACCUUUUAAUUUUUAA